AUGGCCAGCUCCGUCACCUUCCAUCCGCACACGUGGCUAUCGGCGACCAGCGCUGGAGCACACCGGCGUACGAAGACAGCUGCUCGCCGCCGACAAGCUCGUCCACUCUGUCCGGGGGCUUCUCUCCGCGUCAGCCCCGACUGGAUCCAUGGGCUCAAGAGCACCAUGCUACAAGUGGCAAGCAACUACAGGGCUCUGUUCGAGGAGAUGGCCACCGGGGAUGAGAACCUUAGCCUGGCCAUGGUCCCGUGGGCGCCCGCCAAGGCCCAUGCCCAUGCCGCCUCCAGCUCCACAUCGGCGGGCGCGGAAAUGAUGGACGCUGAUUAG